GAAGAAAGAAUCUUGUGUAUACGUGUUUUUUUCUUUACCUUCCUGCUGUUUACUCUUCUAUAUACAGCUGUGCAGACACGUUCACCGUAAGUGAUGUCGUCUCCCGCACCCGCGCUGAGCCCAGAGGACGACCUCCACAAGAAUGAAGAGGAGCAGACCGCCGUGGAGGUAGACGAGGCCAACAUCCCCGUGGACCCGCUGCUCACGUUGCUCUAUUUGCGCCACACGCUGACCUCUCAAUGGAGCUCCUCGGAGGAACGUGAGGCGGCCAAGACAGCCAUGAUGGAGGAGAUGGAAACACAUAAUAUGGCUCCGUACAUCCGCUUCGUCUGUGAGGCCCUCGGUCUCCCGCUCGACGAGGCGAAGCUGGAGGCAAUGGACGCGAUCAACGCCAAGAAGGUUGCCGCCUUCGACGCCAAGCUGCGAGAUGCCGUGGAUAACCUCGGCGACACGGAGGUGCGAGACGUGCUGCAGGCGAAGUGCGACCACUACGCCAGAAUCGGCGAUCUGGAGAUGUGCCUCAAAACAAAUGAGGAGUGCGCUGCCAAGACGCUCGCUGCAGGGCCGAGGCUCGACCUCUACUUCCAACGCAUUCGGCUCGGCAUUGCCUUCUCGGACAACGACAUUGCUGCGAAGGGCAUCACUGAUGCGCACCGGCUGAUGAAGGACGGUGACUGGGAGCGCCGCAACCGCCUGCGCGUGUACGAGGGCAUUUACUACGUUUUCAUCCGCGACUUCCGGCGCGGGUCUGCUCUGCUGUUGGACUCCAUCACCACGUUUGCGUCCGGCGAGCUCAUCUCUUUCCAGGACUUCGUCUUCAUCACCGUAGUGACCAGCCUGCCGGUGCUGAGCCGCACCGAGCUGCGCAAGCGCAUCGUGUACAGCCCAGAGGUGAACCGCGCCGGCGUGGACGACGUGCAUGAGUUGGUCAACUCCAUCUACGACUGCCAAUACAACAAGGUGUUCCCGAACCUCGAGGUGGUGUGCCAGCACCUGCGGAAGGUCGUGUACCUCUCCCCUCACAUCAGCUACUUCUUCCGCGAAAUGCGGGUGUUGGUUUUUACCCAGUUUCUGGACUCCUACAGCAGCGUCACGCUGGCGUCGAUGGGAACCGCCUUUGGUAUCCCGGUGGCGGCGCUGGACAACAUGCUGUGCACGCUGAUAUCCAACGAGCGUAUUGCGUGCAAGGUAGACCGCGUAGACGGCAGCGUCAAGACGUACCGCGGUGACACCACAAACUUUGAUUACCACCGCAUCGUGAAGAGCGGGGACCUUUUGCUGAACCGCAUUCAGAAGUUGUCCCGACUGGUGGAUAUGUAA